AUGUCCCUCUUACAUCAGGUCUUGGGCGCGGCCCUACGAGCCCGACAGGACGAUGCGUCCGAUGCCCCUGAGGCAGGAUCCAGUGUAACAGUGGAUUGUGAUACCGGCAACGAUUACGACGGACGAAUGGGCCUGCGAAUUUCCGCCAUUUUCGUCAUCCUCGUCGGUUCGCUUAUCGGCGCCGUCUUACCCAUCUGGCUGGGACGCAGCUCAAGAAUGAGGGUAAACGGAACGGCAUUCUUCAUUGCCAAGUACUUCGGUUCGGGAGUCAUCAUUGGGACAGCUUUCAUGCACCUCCUAUCGCCCGCGUUCGACGCCUUGAAUUCGCCAUGCCUUCCUGAUGGGCCUAUUACCAGCUACGACUGGGCGGCAGGUAUCUGCCUCAUGACCGUCUUUACCAUGUUUACCAUUGAACUACUCGCCAGCCGCUUCGACUUCUUCGGACAUAACCACGGUAACGACGCUAAGGCCAUCGACCACUCCGUGGAUGCCCUUGGAAAUGGCGCUCAAGGUACUCCCAUGGCCGACCGCGACAUUGAAGCCGGCUCCGCUACUAAGGAGAGCGCAGGCGGUAUGAACGGACUGCCCACAGACGUUAGUUACCCGCCUGGCGGUGACGACCACCUUGGUCACCAGCGCGAGCACCACGAGAACGAUAACCACGCCGUGUUUGCCGCGCAGAUGACCGGCCUCUUUAUCCUUGAAUUUGGUGUUGUAUUUCACAGCAUCUUCAUUGGUCUUACGCUGGCUGUCGCCGGAGACGAAUUCACCGUCCUGUACAUCGUCCUCGUCUUCCACCAGACCUUCGAGGGCCUCGGUCUCGGCUCCCGACUCGCAUCCGCAACGUGGCCUAGUUCGAAGUGGUGGAUGCCGUACGUUCUGGGACUGGGUUAUGCGCUCAGCACUCCGAUCUCUAUCGCCAUCGGCCUGGGUGUGCGCGCGACUCUUCAACCCGGAAGCCCCAAGACUUUGAUUAUCAACGGCGUAUUCGACUCUAUCAGCGCUGGUAUCCUUAUCUACACUGGAUUGGUCGAGCUCCUCGCCCACGAGUUCAUGUUCAACGAGUACAUGCGCAACGCCGGCCUCAAGGUCCAACUCGCUGCGCUUGGAUGCGUGGCGCUGGGUUGUGGAUUGAUGGCCGUGUUGGCCAAGUGGGCUUAA